AUGCCGUUUCCUAUGAUUAAAUUGGGAUAUUUGGCUGUAAAGCAAAUUAGUAAACCUCUGGCUAAUUAUAUUAAAAAAAAAGCAAAAACAACCCCUUUUCUUAGGAACAAAUUACUUUUGCCUCCAGCUCAGUUUUACCACAAAAUGGACACAACAAUUAAAAUGAAAAUGCUUGGCCUUGGCAAAGUUUCCUCAGUGAAACCAUUGAAUGAAGAUGUUGCAGUCGAUCUUGCUGCUGACAUGUUAGGAGAGGCAGUCAUCUUUGGCAUUGCUACAGCUCUUUUAUUUUUGGAGUACAAGAGGCAAAUGUGGAAAGAUCAAACCAAAGUGAGAAUCUCAUUAAAUUUGUAUCCCAUCGCCAGCUCCAAUUUCAAAUUUAUAAUCAUUUGA